AUGCGGGUGCUGCUCGUGAACGGAUACGCAUCCCGAGACGACCCGCCCGCCAAGUACGUCCAGUUCAAAGCGGCCGUCGAGGCGGCGUUGACCACACUGCACGUGCACGACGUGAUCGCGCCGCUCAUUCUCGAGAGACACCGGAGUGAGCUCGAUGCGUUCGUUUACGAAGUGCACUCGGUGACUGCGGAUCCGGAAUCCAUCACACGCUUUGACCAGCUCGACUUUGUGUUUGUUGAUGGCGACGUGACCAUGCCGCCGUGGGCCCCGCCGUUGCGCAAGCUCUGCACGCUGCUCAAGAUGUGCAUGAUGACGGGCAAGUGCUUCUUUGGUGCGGGCUUUAGCGCCGCGAUCCUCGCGUACCUUUGCUCGACGGGCGGCGAGCUCUUGCAAGCGGUGAACGGACACGGCCGCGGCUGCCCCCUCCGGGCCGUGCCGAGCGCGCCGCCCCCCAAAAACGACAUCAACUCGCACAUUGUGCUGCUCGACAGCGAGACGGGCGAUUACUUUAGCUACAACGUCCGUCACAAUACGUGGGAGCCCAAGGGCAACACGGGGCUUGUCAUGCACACGAGCGAUCGGGACCGCCCGUACGGCGCGCGGCCGAGCUCUGCCCGUGCGGGCACCCGCAAGCCCAACAACCAUGCAAGCUCUGCGCUGGUCUCGAAACUCGCCGACGUGCAAUGCUGCGGCCGCAUCGAACAGCGCGCCCACGUGUACCUCCAGGGUCUCGAGCUGGCGCAAUUCGUCGUCAAUUGUCCGAGCAAGUGGGAUCUCGAUGAGACAAUCACGCACACCAGCGGCAACCGCUACAAGGUGUUUCUCGACAGCCAGCGGGGCCCACUCCUCAUCGAGUUUGGCAAUGCGCUCUGCGCUCACUUUACAGUCGCCAAAGCGUACCCUGCUACGUGCACGAUUUUGGCGAAUUAUGUCAAAGCAAAGUUCGACAUGAUCCGCGUCCACGAACAUGUGGACCGCACGUAUGUCGCAUCGAUCACAGGCGCUGUACCGACCGACGCCAACAUGCCCACGGGCCCGUUCAAGAGCACGAGCGUGCUGCCUGCCAUGAGUCUGGAUCAGACCGCAAAAGGUCGUACGUCGCCCAAGAAAUGCAAGUCCGUGGCUGUCUCGACGGCCAAGCUACGGCCACGCUCGGCGGCCCCGACGACUCAACCACCUGUUUACGCUCGACGUCUGCGCUCGGCGCUAUCCCACACCCAUGCGGCGCCGCAACGACCGUCCAACCAAUCACCCCCCAAAACCGGUGCGACGCAAGCCCCCACGUUCACGCUGCCGGUGCGUCGGCUCGUCGAUCAAGAAGCCAAAAAACCAUACUGCGCCCACGCCAAGUUUGAAAAAUUGCGGCUUCGCGAUGCAACCCAAGGCGGCUUCUACUCGGUGGUCAACGACGGACCGUACCGCGGCUCGUACGAGCAGCAAGUCAUUGACGACGAGAAAAGCAAACUCAAGUGGGUGGGGGGCCCGUUCCGUACUACGUUUGGGCGCGCGUCGAGCCACGAGUUCGUCGACGACGGCAUCCUCGGGCCCGGCGAGCCGUACGAUGUGACGCACACGACAGCGUACGUCUUGGAGCCAGAGCGCAACAACCACCAGCACCCCCACAUCGGCCCCCAUCCUCGACGACCCGCCCCGCGGCCAUCGACAACCUCGCUUUUGUAG